AAAACUUUUAAAUUACUAGUUUUAAUAAAUUUUUAAAAUAUCUACCAUGAAUAUCUUUUUGUUUGUUAAUCUUUGCUUGUGCGUGACGUUCUUGAUUUUAGUUUCACCCGCAGAAGCUCAAGACAUAGAACUUCUACCAGCAGAAGAUUUUAUAUGUUCAUGUAUCUUAAUAAUACGUGAAGUUUGCGCUUCGAAUGGAGAGACUUAUGACAACGAAUGCUGGUUUAAAUGCGCACAACAAGAAGAUCCUAAUUUACAAAUAGUAUCCCAGGGAAGAUGUGAUCAGAGCUGAAAUGUGUAGAACUUGUAAAUAAAGUUUGUAUUACACUGAUUAAUAAAAAGUAUCAUAAUUA